AAGGCACAUCACUUUCUCGAAACAGUACAUUGUCUGCUUUAUCGCUGUGGAUCUAAGAUAAUGGCUUAUUUCUUCCUUUCGUUUUUUUUAUUCUUUAUCUGCGACAAGGCUCUCCCUGGGCACACAUGGAAAAUGAACAAUUUGUUGAUGACUGGACCAAAGGCUUAUCUUACCUAUGCAAGUAGUGUGCAGGUGGGUGCGCAAAGCGGAAUACGUGAGUGCAAACAUCAGUUUGCUUGGGACAGGUGGAACUGCCCAGACAGCGCGCUGCAACUUUCUACUUACAAAGGAUUCAGAAGUUCAACGAGGGAGACGUCUUUUGUUCACGCAAUAAGCGCAGCAGGCGUUAUGCACACUUUAACCAGAAACUGCAGUCUUGGAGAUCUGGACGACUGCGGAUGUGACAGUUCGAGGAACGGCAAACUCGGGGGUCGUGGUUGGCUUUGGGGGGGAUGUAGCGACAAUGUGGAUUUUGGCGAGAGAAUUUCUAAAGAAUACCUGGAUGCGCUUGAGACUGGACAAGACUCUCGAGCUGCAGUUAAUCUUCAUAAUAAUGAAGCUGGACGUUUGGCUGUCAAGGCUACCAUGAAGAGGAUCUGUAGGUGCCAUGGCAUGUCAGAAAGCUGCACAAUGCAAACGUGCUGGAUGCAGCUUUCUGAUUUCCGUGAGAUUGGCAAUUACCUUAAAGUGAAGCACGGCCAGGCACAGAAACUCGAAAUGGACAAGAGACGAAUGCGCGCGGCCAACAGCGCAGACAACCGCGUGGCCAUGGCAGACACUUUCGGCUCCAUUCCCCGGUCUGAACUCAUAUAUCUGGAGGAUUCGCCGGAUUAUUGCGCCAAGAACCUAAGCAUCGGGCUUCUUGGCACGGAGGGUCGGGAGUGCGUGCAACACGGGGAAAGUCUCACGCAGUGGGAAAGGAGAAGCUGCCGUAGACUGUGCCAUGAGUGCGGUCUGCGAGUGGAGGAGAUGCGCACAGAGAUAGUGAGUAGCUGCAAUUGCAAGUUCCACUGGUGCUGCACAGUAAAGUGUGAGAACUGCUCUCAGGUCACUGUCAAACACGUUUGCGCACGGAGGCACGGACACCACGGACACCAAAGACGCAGACCUCGAGGACCAAAAUAACCCCCACCAUUCUCCCAUAUUUUUUAUUGCACUUUUUAUUAAUAGUUGCUUUUUCUAUAUAUAACUAUAUAUUAACAUAUUUUAAUAAAACUGAGAAAUUUAAAUUGAUUGUCGUCUCAUUUAAUCUUUGUGUAUCAACAAGUGAAAAUUAUUCAAUAAACUGCAUUACUUUCAA